CCGGGUACCCGACCCGUGAAAGUAUCCGGGUUGGGGCAUGGGCCGUCUGUUUAGUUAGUCGGGUACCCGAAUACCCGUUAACAUAUUUUAAAAAAAAGAAAAUUAAAAGAAGAAGGGGGAGUGUGUAGGGUUUAGCUUUUCCCUUCUUUUCGUCUGUAGCCGCACAAAGUCACAAAGUCACAAACUUAUCUUUCUCUCUCUUCCAGCUCUCACACAAUUUACAAUUCACUCUCACUUUUCAAAAUACUCCACAUAAACUCAUUCGAUCACUACUAGACUAGCAUAUACGGAGUACUCAACAUGUCAAAAAAUCGCCGCCCAAAUACCAUACCGCAUCCACCAAGAACUACUUGCACGCCAGAUUUAAUGGAUACAAGCUGCUUGCUACGGUCUUACCAUCAAUAAAUAGAUUUGUUUUCUUUUAUUCUAAUUUUUGAGAAAUGAGAAGUAUACUUUGUCAGUUUGUCUAAUUCACACAUCAUUCUCUUUUAAAUUCUCACUUUUUUUGAAAAUUAAAAGAGGAAAUGAAUUUUUUCUUUCAUUUUAUUAUUGUGAAUUUGUUGGCGUUCAUGGGUUUCACAAAGGAGUACUUGUAAUUUGGUAUUUUCGUUAUAUAUAAUCUCUAAUUUGUAAUCUCUUACAUACUACUUGGUUAUUAUAGAAUUAAGAUAGAUCUACUUUUAAGAAAUGGUUAAAGAAAAAAAAUGAUAAAGUUUUGCGGGUACCCUAUAAACCGACCCGGAUUAAUCGGGUACCCGCUAGCCGGGUACCCGAUUUUUUCGGGUCGGGUCAUGGGCCGAGUUUUUAACUACCCGCUUAUUCGGGUACCCGAAAAGCCGGGUACCCGGUAAUGAACACCCCUGCUUUCAACAGAGUACGAGUCACUAUUGUUGAAUUAUAGAGUUGACCGUUAAGAGUUUUAAGAGGGUUGACAUUAUCAGAGCAUCAAUUAUAGACUAACUCUUAAUUUGCCCCCUCUUAAUCUCUCUCCUGAUACACCUCAUCACUACCUCUUAACAAGAGUUAGCUACAAAAAACAUCAAGAAAUAGACUACCUCUUAAAUACUACCUCUUAUAUAGUUUUUUAUAUUUUAAAUUUUAUUUUUAAUACAAAAAAAUACCAAAAUACACCACAUUCUUCCACAUCACCCCCCUCUUAUUUCUAAGAGCUACCUCUUAUUUAGAGGAUGUCCCAAUCAACCUCUAAAUAAGAGGUAGCUAAGAGUUACCCUAUUUUUUUUAAGAGCUAACUCUUAGAGAUUCUCUCUCCUUAAGAGGGGGCUAAGAGGGAGCUAUAAUUGAUGCUCUCAAGAGUAUUAAUAGACGGUUGACUUCAUCAUUUAUGGGAUACUGAAUUAAACUCGACUUAGCUUAUGCUAUGUUCACAUUUUGUUCAAUUACUUUAGGAAAAAUAAGAUAAGUUUGAGUCUCAUAUAUGACCAAUUUGCAAUUUCCAUAUUUUCCAAGCUUACAUCUUGAUCAAGGUAUUAGAAUUCAAGUUGUAGCUCAGGAAAGCAAAAUGACUAUGGCUUUGUGGAGCUACCAGAUUGGAGGGCGUCAAAAUAUCAGCCAUGCAUGUAUUUGCAAAUACAUGCCAGGGGCAUAUUGGUACUUUCGCGCACAAUUUGAAAAUGCUGAGCAAGCAAUCCCGUUUGGCUACGUGGACUCCGUAACGGCCAACUUGUCAUCCUCACUCACUCCUCACUUGAAUCAUCUUCCAACUUCUCUCUCUCUCCUUGCGCGAUUUCUGAAACCCAAAAAACGAAAUUGAAUUUCAAAAAACAAUCACUCAAUCAAGGUGCGUUUGUUCUCGGAGGAAGCAUUCAAGUUCUAGUGACAGAAUUUCGCGCAAGAAUCACUAGGAAUUUGAUCGAAUUUCUGUUCGUGAAAAAGCCCCAAAUUUUCGAGAAGUUAGUAUGGGGAAUUUAAAGAUGACGAAGAAAGGGGGUGGUUCAAAGAAAGCUGGGAGAACCCCUCCGAAGAAGCAUGUUGUGAAACCUAGUGCAAGUGGUAGUAGGAAGAAAAAGAGGCAGAAGCUGGUGUACCAGGAGGCAAGUGAAGAUCUAGAUGGCGUACAAUGCAGCGAGGAGGAAAGUAGUGAAGAGGAGUCCUCCUCCGAGGAGUCCUCCUCUGAGGAGUGCUCUGCUUCAUCUUCUGCGUCAUCCACGGAAGGGUCAGAAGGUGAUUCCUCGUCUUCAUCUUCUUCUUCGGAGGAGGAAGAGCCAAGAAAGAGAAAGAGGAAGAAGUCCUCGAAGAAGGCCUCGAAGAAGGCCUCAAAAAAGGCCUCGAAGAAGGUUUCGAAGAAAAAGAGCAAGAGUGCCGGGGAGAUUGUCAAGGCACGUAAUCGUGUUGUCUUGACGCAUUUACGAACUUGUGAAAAGGCCCCUAAAAUUAUUUGCCGGGUCGAGUCGUUCGUCAAGUUAAUCAAGAAACUGGAUGAUUCAAGACGGGAAGAAGUAGAGAAAAUGGGUUUCUCGGGGUUGUUGGAAAUGAAGUUGGGGAAGUUGGACAGGAGGUUCUGUUACUGGUUGAUGACCAGGGUAGAUGCUGAGGGGCAUGUAGAGUUUGGGGAUGGGAAUGUGUUCCGGUUUACCCCGCAACAUGUUCAGAGUAUUUUUGGGCUGCCAAUGGGAACGAAGGAUGUUCCUGCACCUGUGGCAAUUGAUUGGAAGGAUCAGCAAAUGGUACGUCCUGCCAUUGAGCUAUUUAAGAUGUACGGUACUGGAGUUGCUGAUCCUUCGAAGGAUAUGGUGUUGUUGGCGAAGGUAGCCAAAGUUGUGGAGGGGGAGAAAGAUUCAGCGGGGGAGGUUAUACCUCUAAGUACCCCUGGUGAGAAGCUAGCAUUUAGGAAUGCGUUCUUGGCUGUGGUAGUGGGCCACUUACUUUGCCCUACAGCCAUGUGCACCAACCUGUCACACAAAUUGAUGGCUGUGGUUUCGUUGGGUGGUGUGGCAGAGGAGUACGAUUGGUGCACGUGGACUUAUAAUAGGCUGAUGGAACGUGUGGAAGUGUUUUUGAAGAGUUUUUACGAUGAUGGUUAUGCUCGUGGAUGCGGUGGCUGUGUUGUGGCCUUAAUGAUUUUUUACCUUGAUCGCUUGGCGGGAACCCCCGUUGAUGUAGAACCUUUACCUAGGUUGAAGGUUUGGGGGAACCUGGAAGUGAAAAAAGCAAUCAAGAGAGACAAGAGAAAAGGAUAUGACUAUGGUAGAUCCAAGUCAAAGAAGGUGGUUUAUGAUGGUGAAGUGAGAAACAGUGUUAGUGGCCUGACAAACAAGGAAGUUGACAGGCGGAUUGAAAUUGUGGAUGAGCCGUUGACCGGCAAGGGCACGGAAACUGAUCCUAGCAGGGCAGAUGUUGGCAAUGCAGGGGGAAACGCUGGUGUUUCCCUCUUAGGAAAUCUAAGUAGAGAUAGUGCCGCUGUACAAGAACUGGCGCAUCAGGUACUUGAGUUGUUCAAACCCGAGUUGGAGCGUAUGAUUGUGAAUGCUGUGUCCGAGAGGGAAUGGUUAGCUAGCGGUAGUGGUAUGGGUGUUGGUGGUGAUGGCAGUGGGUGGGGUGGUAGUUUGGUUGGCACUGGGGGGUUUGCUGGCAGUGGUUGGGUUGGGCCUCGUGGUGGGUUGGUUGGCACUAGUGGGUUGGUUGGCACUAGUGGGUUUGGGGGCACUAGGCGGUUUAUUGGCAGAGGUGAUUACGGUGUUGGUACGAGUAUGGGAAUGGGAAGAGGGGCUGGUGGUAUGGGAAUUGGAAGAGGGGGUGGUAUGGGAAUUAGAAGAGGGCCUUAUGGUUUUCUUGGGGGUAUGGUAAGAGGGGGUGGUGAUGAUGUAAGUGUAGGUCUAGGUCUAGGUCCUCCUGGGUUUGAGAACGCUCCUCACGAUGCUGCUGCUCGAGCACCGAUCGCCUUUGAUGCAUUUGCAAGUGGAAAGAAUUCAGGAGGAUCAGGAGGAUCAGGAGGUUCAGGUGGAAAGUACAUUGCUGGUGGGGGUUACUCAGCAGGGGAUUCUGGUUCGUUCCACUAUAACAUUGGUGGUGGGGGUGGCGGUGUUUCAGCUGAUGUUUCGAACGGUCUCUUGACUGCUGCGGCACCUGUUCAGGUCGAGGAAGGUCCUGUUGGGAAGGUUGGAAUGGUGGCAGCUUCGUGUGUGAAGCUAGCUAAUCAACUUUCGUCUGAGGAGAUGCUAGACUCUACAACUGGAUCAUCAAAGAAAUCAGACGCCGCAGCCGUUCCACCGCAGCCGCCGUUCCACCAGAAAGUUGAGCCAGUGACAAAUGUUGAGCAAGUGACAAUUGUAGAUAAAGGAAAAGAGAAAGAAAAAGAGAACGAGCCAGCAAUUACUCCCGGGACUGGGCCCAAGAGAGUGACUAAGCCUGCGUUGUCUUCUGCUGUGUAUGAGUUGUCUACGAAUCCACAGAGAAUUACAGCGUUUGCAAACCGUGUCCUUGUAUUCAUCCGAUCUUGGCGGUCAUCAAGGAACAUCCCCACCUGCCCGGGACCAGAGAUGAUUAGCUGUGAUGGUGGGGUGGCUGAUCAAAGGGAUUGUUACCACACAUUGAUGGCGAGCCAAUGUGUGAGUUCCGGGUAUGUUCGGAUGGCGUCCUUUCUGUACACUAAGGUGUGGAGGGUGAAGGAGUUCGUUGGAAAGAGUGAAAGGGUAUUGCUGACUCCUGAUUUUGCCUUAAGGGUAUUGGAACCCAGAGACUCCAACUACAUCAUAGGCACCAAGUACGGCAAGGUUCUGAAAAACAUCUCGUUUAAUUCUCUAGCGACGGUAUUUGUCCCCGUACUGGUCAAAGAACAUUGGUGGGGUGUCUGUUUUGACAUUAAGGGGAAGGCAAUAAGAUUGAUUGAUUCGAUCUUCAAAAACCCAGCGGAGAAACAUGCCGAUAACCUUAAUGAUCUGGUUAAUGCAAUGGACACCAUGUUCGAGGUGAAUGUACCUGGAUACCAGACAGGGACAAUGAGAAAUUGGCGUACUGAGGUCAUCAACAUAGCAGGCAAUGUGGACAAUAAGUCGUGCGGGGUUAUAAUGUUAAGCUGCAUGAAGGCAUGUGCGCCUCGGUUCGUGGCACAGUAUGAAGUGCAUGAUUUGGUGAAAUUAAGAACGACCUUAAUGCUUGACGACUUGCUGUCGGAAUACAAUGACGUGACUUACGCCAUGCUUGAAGCAAUGCUGCCUCGAGCUAGGACAAGGGGGGGUAGUAGUGGUUUGCCCUAAACUGGUUCUUGGAUGAUUUGCAGGAUAAUGUGGGUGAUCAUAGUUGUUGGAUAAAUUGUUAUUAAUUUGUAAAUUUGGUAGUUGGAAGACUUUGUUGAAUAUUUAGGAUGUACGUUGUUGGAAGACUUUAGGAUAAUAUUGCAUCAUGGAUAAUAUUGUUGUUGUUGUUGCGAUUUAGGAUCGAUUUAGGAUCAUGGAUAAUAUUGCAGUUGCAUCAAGAAUUUGUGAUCAUGGAUGGAUUGCAGGAUGAAUAUUUCAGGCUUGAGGAUGUAUUUUUUUGC